UGACGGUAUGCACCUAUACACGUUUGUUUAACAUCAGCCAUUAAAUUUAGCGAAGAAGAAGGUACUACAUCGGAACGGAAGUUCAUGCGACGUCGAAUUGGAACCGGAAAGCUAGCUAACGGUGGUUGCUAACGCACGGUUUUUUUAAUCUAAACAAGUGCCGCGUAUCACGCAAGGGAGCAGUUGUCAGAUUUCAUUUUCAGAGAAUAUGGAGAAUAUCGUAUCGACGUACGAUGAUGAUGAAGUGGAUUUCAUCGUAUGCGAUGUAUGUAAUAUUAAGAUUAGGACUGACGCUAUGUACAGGAUACACCUGACCACGAUUCAGCAUCUCAAGAAAGUGGAGGCUCUGAUUGCUGCAGGGAAAGCCAGGAGAGACCAGUCACUGCCCGUAUGGACCAGCUACACCCACUACCUGGACUACCUGCAGCUGGACGAGCCCAUCAUUGGGCUGAAGCAUCUUGUGGAGGUGGAGACCCCCCCGGGCUCCCUGGGGCCCAGGUACCUGUGCAGACUGUGCAGAUUUGAUGCAGACUUGCCCGACAUGACCAAUCACAUCAUCGGCCGCAAACACAGGCAGAAAUACCUGGAGACGCAGAGGCCUGACCUGGUCACCUGGGACAGGAGCAGCGCCUCUCAGCCGGGGAAGGUGGUGCGGGCCAAAGCGGAGGUGGCCGAACGGCAGGACGGGCGGGGCGUCCCCGAGAGAUCAAAGAGGAGGUCUGCAGCCCUUGAGAAAUCAGGCACUCUGAAAGUUCCCAGCCCUCAGUGGAGAGGCGGGCAAACGUCGGCCCAGGGGGGGGCUAGAGGGGGGCUGGCCAACAAACCCAUCCGGCCCUUGCUGGACCAGCAUGGGCACGCCCGCUACAGGGACCUCCCCCCUGGGUGGGGCAGCCCAAGGGAAGAGUCUUAUGGGCGGGGCCACCCAGAGCAGCUCCCUGAGUCCUUUGCUUCAAGAGAGGAGUGGAAAGCUGAGCAACCCAGGAGGAGGAGGAGCCUGGAGAAGGAUGGAGGGUUCUAUCCCCAUGGCCUUCCUGUCGAUUCACAUCCUGCAUAUCACCAUGGAGACAGAAUGUACCCAGAGAACGAAGAGGAAAGGAGGGGCAGGAUUUAUGAAGAUGAGCCUAGAAAGGGUGGAGUUUAUGAAGAUGAAGGGAGGAGGGGUGGGGUUUAUGAAGGGGAAGAG